AUGCCCGCGCAUCUGACCAAAGUCAGCAACAGUGACCUCAGGGCGCAAUAUGAUCUUCCAGACCCUAUUGCAGUCCUGGAGCAGCGCCUUGACCAGAAGAUCCAACAACUUCAGCAAAACCAGGGGGACCCUGCCAUCAAGGGACCGGGCGUGCUGGAGUACUGGAAUCAACUGCUGACUCGGCUUAAGCAGGCAGCGAACACUCCUGCCAGCACUGUUCUUAUGGAGGCACCAGCGUCAACACAAUACGCAUGCCCCACCUGCGGCAUGUACUAUCCCACGAAGAAGGCUCUUCGACAACAUCGAGCGCUGAGACAUGGCCAGAUCCAAGCCGAUAAGCUUGACAUUGAAUACAAGCCCGAGCAGCACUCAGUGGCGGGCAUGAGCGGCUCUCCGCAUCCGGGGAAGACGAAGCAAGGUACGGCGACAAGCGGCUUCCGCGACGCCGACCAUCAAGCUGCCAUCCACAUGGCCUAUGCCUCAGCCAGCGAUGCGAGCCAGCACCGCAGAGACAUUCAGGCGACAUACCAAGGCCAGUCAUCGAGAGCAAGGAAGAAGUGUCUCCCGCUACUGCAGCUUAGCCUCCGCCUUGACGGGACAGCCAGUACCAUUGGAGCCGGAGCAACAGCUGGCACAGGUCUGGGGUCUCAGCUCCCCGCUUGCGGGGAUGCCAACCCCGCUGCGCCAAGGGAACGCAGCCCGAUCACGGAUGAGCCCAGGACAGCCGAACAAGUUCAGGAAGGGGCAGGGCAAAGGCAAGCAGACUCAGAGCAAGAGGGGAAGAGAGCAAGACGACGAGGCGGCCGACGAAGAGAUGUGGAUGGAUCUCGAUCAGCUCGACGAGGAGACAGUCAGACGCAUUUUGAGAGUGUGCUGAUCAAGACGGCCACCAGACACGAACAGCAACUCACAUCCCUCGAGUCGGACCGGAGCUUUGUGUUCUUCAUGGAGAAGGGAAACCACGGCCUGAUCGGUAUGAUGAUCCAGGCCAGCCAAGCCUGGCACCAGAAGUACGCUCUCCAGACCGCGGAAGCGGCCCACUGGAUCACGCGGUCUCCGCUCCAGUGGGCAUACACGGAAUGGAACGCAGAGCAGAAAAAAGCCCUUCCGUCAAGCCGGGACAACCUGCCGCACGAGGAAGCCAAGAGAGCGGUGAACAACCUACUCAAGAUCACGGCGAAAGACGACAUCGUGCACCGAUUUCAAAGCCUAAAACCGCUGAAGCCGGAACUCCAGGCGGAAGUGGUGGUGAUGCUUCUCACCCUUACGCUUCACCAAAAGGGAGAAGAAAUCCAAAAGGACUUGGAUCUGCUCGCGGACAACAGUGUGGGUAAGGUGGUGGGGCUGCGACUUCGCCGCGAAAGAGUCUCCAAGACCGCGCUCGCCAAAGAGCUGGAGAAGCUCCGCCUGUAA